UUUUCACUGCAGAUUUCCGAUGUCUCCUCGUCACCAUCGAUCUUCCGGGAGUUAUCCCCAUUCGCAGCACAGUGAGGAGGAGGUUCCCACGACGUCUUUCCCGGCAGACUUUUCCUUCAGGGUUGAAUUCCCCGCGGGUAGUCUUCCUGCUCAUGCCAAUGCCGGUUGUAGCCGGGAGGUUUUUUCCUCCACUUCCAUUGGGCAAGUCAUUAGCCCAUUCCCACAGUUUGACCAGGAUCGUUCUGACGAUUCCUGCCGUUUAGUACGGGAAGGAGGGCGCCAUUGCUUGCGCCAGCUUAUCACAGACGCCACUUUUACCGCUGAUUCUACUUCCACUCAGGCUUUACAGAAGCCGAGCUUCUUGUUCGGGGAUCAUGUCGAGGACCCCGCUAUACUGACUCUUGGAGAGGAGCACUGGCUGACUCUUGAUGGAGGAGCUCUUUUAUACAUUCCAUCAAUUCCCCGCCAAUAUUCUUUUACCCAUUUGAGGAGACAGGCCGUGAGGCGACAGAUGUCCUGGGAUCUUACUAAGGAUGCUGAGCGAGUCCCGUGUGGAUAUACCUCUCAUUCUAAGACCCCUGGUUCUGGCGGGUAUCACCAUAUUCGUGGUCUUUGCCCAGGGAUCACGGGCCUUGAUACUGCACCCCCAGGUGAGACGUCAGCAGCUGCCUCUACUGUGGGUAAUCGUCUGGCUCUUCUGGGGAGGCGAUUACCUCCACCAGAGCCCAGAUGCUAUGGCUGGGCUUCCUCACUAGCCAAAGGGUGGUGGGCGCGCAUGACUGAUUUCGUCUUGGCGCGCUGGGAGAGGGAUCUGAAGAGUAGUGGGUUAUAUGCACCCAUACGAGCUACUAUGUACGGAAUCCCAGUUAGCUGUCGCCAUUUCUUGGCUUUGCUGGAGACUUAUAUGCCCGAUAGCAACACCUUCCUGACCAGCGGUGAGCAGAUGGUUUGGGAGCAAAUUUAG